AUGGAAAAGUGGGAUUGUGCAGAAACUCAACAUGUCAUCCAUUUUUGGGGACCAAUUGCUAAUUGGGGCUUACCAUUAGCGGCAUUGGCUGAUUUGAAGAAAGAUCCAAGUAUAAUUAGUGGAAAAAUGACUGUCGCUCUUUGUUUUUAUUCUUUACUAUUUAUGCGGUUUGCAUUACGUGUUAAACCAAAAAACCGUUUAUUAUUUGCCUGUCAUUUUGCAAAUGAAUGUGCUCAGUUAACACAGUUGACUAGAUUAAUCAAUCACGAAUAUGGUAAAGCACAACCUACGAAACAACAGCUACAGCCAGCACCAAGAUCAGUACCGCCAACGAAAACAGCUACAGCAUCUUAA